AUGUCCUCCGACUCCAAGCCCUUUACAGUUGGCAUAACCGGCAUCACCGGCCGUCUCGGCCGUCUCCUCCUCUCCGCCCUCCUCACCUCCCGUCCCAAAGUUCACAUUCGCGACGCCCUUUCCCUCCUCGCGCUGCGCGAGUUCGUCUCAUGGUGCGACGUCGUCGCCUGCUGUUAUCUGGGAGAUAACAAGUCAAUGACCGAAGGUCAAAAACUCCUCAUCGAUCUCUGCGAAGAAUUUGGAGUCAAGGAUCCUACGAAAGAGAUCAAGGCGUAUCCGGAGACGAAGGAUAAGGUAAAGGUGGUGCAUCUGCUGAUUGGCAGGUUCAUGAACGCGCUGUUGGCGCCGUUCUUUGGACUGUGGGAUGGGCAGGAUAUGGUGUUGAGGUAUGGGAAGAGAAAGCAGGAGGUGUAG